AUGGCAAGAUCCUUGCAGAGCCAGGCUUUUGGGACGAAGAAGUUUCUCGAAGCGCUUAAGGAAAGUGGGAGCGACAUCCCGCAGGAGACGAUCGACCUGUUUGCUGAGCAGGAGAAGGAGUACGAAGAAGAGGCUAAUCGCUUAACUAUUGGCGGGAUUCUCUGCUUAUCUCCACUUCAUCUUCCGUCUCCUUUCUUGAAUGAGAAUGUCUUGGCAGCGAUCGACCCAUAUGGGUUGAACGCAACUCUGAUCGAUGCUGGAACCGCAGCCACUCUCCAAACUCCCACGAGUUCUCAGGGUGAUCAUGCGAUUGAGAGAUCGAACGAACCGACUGGAAGAGACCUCGAGGGGUUAUCUGUUCAAGAGCGGGGUGAUGUGAGCGGGGUCGAUAGGACCGAAGAUGCUUCUAAACCGACAACUGCUCCCGCCGUUCCGGACCCGGGUCCUGCCGCACUCAACCUUACGGUGAGGGAAGAGUCAUCGGUUUCGACACUGGGAGUCGGCGAUGAGGACCCGACUCUUCCUCUGGUCGAACUUUCCGAUUCUUCAGCUGAGGAAGACGGCGGGGAUGAGUCAAACGAACUGGUUCGCGCGAGUAAUCCACUAGGGACGGAGGAGGAUCUCGGGGAGUCUUCGGCUAAGGAACAAGGCAAUGUCGAUAAAGUUGAGAAUCCGCCUGAUUCGACAGCAGAUAGGACUGAAGAUGCCUCUGAUCCGCUCGGAGCUCAGGUAACCGGAGAAGAAUUCGAUCACGCUGAAGAAUGA